AUGUCAUCCUUGCCACCUUCUUCUUCGACCAACAACAACAUUUUCGACAAGAUCUGGCAAGCAGAUGAAAAUCGACUCACUCCCUUCUCAUCAAAACCCACUCAAUUUGUCUCUCCAUUCAUUACACUCGUUUGCAGUACUCAAAGGAAAAAACAAAAUCCAAAUUUCAAUUUAUUCCGACUCUAUAAAUUCGAUUCCACUAAAAAGCAAUAUGUACUCUCGAGUGUUCGUGAAUUCAUCACAGAAGCGUCGUCAACAACAUCUUACAAGACCUAUGCAUUGAUUUACAAGUUGUUCGAUAACUAUAAUUUGGAUCAACUCGAUCGAGAAGAAAACACUCCACUAGAAGAGAGUGAAAUUUCAAACUUUUUAGAUUCCAUUUUGGAAACUAAAUGUAUGAAAGUAUUGGCUCAGGACUAUUUGAAAAUGACAAAGAAAGAAGUGAAAAAAAAGCUUUAUGAGAUUUGGUUCACUCAGUAUGAUUUGGGAAAGAAUAGAGAUUUGAGUGGUUUUGAACAUUGUGUGGUUGGUGAGAAGAAUGGUUCGAAUGUGAGUGGAUACCAUUUUUGGUUUAAGUAUCUCGUGGAUGAUUCCAAUGACAACUUUACUGGCCAAGACAUGAUCAAUUUCGUUGGACGAUUGGACAAGGAGACGACUCCCGAUUAUGUCUGUAUUCGUUUCAAACAAGAAGAGGAGAAAGACAACACACAUCAUGGCAACGAGAAUGAACAACCUCUCUUUAAAUCCUGUGGUAGUUUUUGGGUUGGUAUUUCACCUGAAUGUUUCAUGGCCUUGUGUACGGUGGCACAUUUGGAGCAUUUGAAAGGUCAUCAGAAAUUAUUAUCGAAUGUGGUGGUGAAUGGAAAUUCCUAUGUGGUGAAUGUAUUUUCUGAAGGUGGUUAUCCAAGAUCUGUUUAUCCUGCUCUGAAUGAAAGUGUCUGA